GUCUCCAGGUAGAAGCCAAACGCGAGGCGAAACCACCACACCUCACCGUCGAAUCGAAUCCAAGGCGGCGGCGGCGGCGGCGGCGGCGGCGGCGAUGGGGAUCCACGAGCACGUCGAGGGGAUCAAGGCGCACUGGGCGAAGAACUUCUCCUUCCUCGACUACUUCAAGAAGGUCUACGGCCGGGACAAGCCCCUCCCCAAGUGGACCGAUGCCGACGUCGACGAGUUCAUCGCCUCCGAUCCCGUCUACGGCCCGCAGCUCAAGGCGAUGAGGGAAUCCAGGAAGUUCGCGCUCGGCGGGGCUCUCGUCGGCGGCGCGCACCUCGGCGGCAUCGCCCUCAAGUACUCCAAGGCCCCGCACGGUGUCGUCCUGGCCACCGGCUUCGGGGCGAUCUGCGGCGCCGUCGUCGGAUCGGAGGUGGCGGAGCACUGGUACCAGCUCUACAAGACGGACAAGCAGGGGGCCAACCUAAGGUUCAUCUACUGGUGGGAGGACAAGGUCGCAGGAAACCAGAAAAGUUGAGUGGUGUCUAUCUGGUCCAGCAGCUUGGCAAGAGUGAUGUCCCCCCGCUGGGAUUUUUAGUUGCUCAUUCCUAGUAUUUCCAAAUAAGGUGUGUAUUGGUUGUGACGAUUACGCAGAUGGAGUAUGUUUCCUUUUGCUAGUACCGUGAGCUCUGUCUGUUCACAGCCUGAACAACAACUUUUGUGCUCUGAAUGGUUCACAAACUAAAUGCUGAUCUUUACCGGUAUCUGUUGAUCUUUGUCCAUUAAAGAUUACUUUGCAUAUUGUAAGUACUGCUUUACCUUGAAGAUAAUAAGGCUACAUAACGUAACCAAUUCCCCCC